GUGUAACCCCGCCCCCACGCGGCAUGCGCGGCACUGUGGGUUUAGCCGACCGUCCGGACUGAGAGAUGACCUCAGGUGACCCGGCGCAGACGGCCGGCAGACGGGCAGCUGCAGCUGCGGCGGGUCGUCUGGUGAUGGACCUGCUGCAGUCGGACUGGGAGCCUCUGUCCCACCGGGAGCUGGAGCAGCGUCUGGACCAGGCUGUGGAGGACAUCCUGGAGGCGGAGCUGAUGUCCGGCGUGCAGGGGCGGAGCGAGUGUGUGUUCACACAGGACGAGACGAUGAUGCCACACACUGUGCCGUCUCAGACGCCCGCUCCAGCAGGGCAGACAUCGGGAGAACCCGCUUCAGAGAACCACCAGAACAGUGAGAUAGAGGAGAACCCUGCAGUCCAGUGCAUCAUGUCUCUCCUACAGAAGCUGAAGUGGAGCCACAGUCAGAGCCGUGUGGCAGGGAGAGCACGCUUGUCUUUGUCCCACACGGUCUCCCUGUCCCUCACUCUGCUCUCGUCUCGUCUCAGCUACCGCUCCGUGUCCUCCACCUUCCACCUGGAGAAAGGGAACGUCCACCGCAUCUUCUUCUCCUUCUGCCACAGAGUCAGCGCUCUGCAAGCUCAGAUCAUCCGCUGGCCCUCUGGUCAGGAGGCGUCCGAUCUUCUGCUCCCUUUCUCCACCCGACUCGGUUGGAACGAGAAGCUCGAGCAAAAGGGCCUCCCUAAAGUCCUGGGCGUGUUGGGCCACACCCGCAUCCCAAUCCGCCCUUCUGCCAGCAAACAGGACUCCAGGCGGCCCAGGAGGCGGUCUCACCCGGACGCGUGGUUAAACCUGGAGCUGGUGUGUGACGCAGAGGGUCGUUUCAUCCACUGUAGCGUCAGUCGAGGUUCUCAGAGGCACCGAGGCGACGCCCUGAGUCAGAGAUUAGCGCAGCAUCCGGAGCUCCUCCCCCCCGGAGCCUGCCUGCUAGCCGGAGCGGGAUACGCUCUCUCUGAGCGCGUCCUCACCCCGUUCCGUCCCGCACGCAGCCCGCAGGAGGUCCUCUAUAACGGUGAAGUGGAGACGCACCUGGGACGUCUGGAGCAGGCCGUGUCUGACCUGAAGGAGCGCUUCGGGAGACUGCGCCGUCUGGACACGGGGAGGAGCGAGAGGGCCGACGCUGUGGUGCUGACGUGCUGCGUCCUGCAGAACACACUGCUCCGCUCCGGGUACGUUACCCAGGGGCAGGAGGGGAACCACACCGGGGCAGAAGAGGAGGAGGAGGAGGAGGAGGAGGGAAGGGAGGAGGAAGAAGCUGGAGUCAGAUGGAGAAAGGCGGUGGCUAACCUGCUGUACAGCGCUCUGGAGUCAGGGGCGGAGUAACAGCAGAUAUCACAGCGAUGUUCAGGUGUAAGGGCUGGGUGUCACUCGGGAGGUUUCCAUAGCAAUACCGCUUCCUGAACUGGAGGAGAUUUUUAGACGAAGUUCUGUAAUGAACCUGAGUGACGAUGAUGCUCUGACCCGUGUCGUCUAGACAACACGAUUUGGUCUUUUGUCAACCUUGAUCAAAUCCUUACUAGUGCCGUUUAUUUUUUUCUUCUUCUUCAAUUUCAUCAACAUCAAAAUGUUGACUUGCUGCCUAAGACUUGGUGUCGACUCUGUACUUUUAGCUGGACUUUGUGAAACAGUGAGGAACUUAACCAUCAAUAAAGAUUGUUUGAGUGCUCCAGUUCGACCUCGUCACGGUCGUGUGUGUGUGUGUGUGUGUGUGUGUGUGGAGGAACAUCAGAACAUCAUCACUUUGCAGUAAUGAAUAAACAAGCAGCACUGAUAUACUUUUUGUGUGUGUACAGGACGUUUGCAUCGCCUCAUUUAUUCAGAGGGAUCAGACGUAUUUAUACAUUAGUGUAUAUUUAAUAUGCGAUUGUUU